CCACUUCUUCCUCUGUCACCGGCAAUACGGUCUCACCUCUCGCUCACCAAAUCUUCGCGGCGAUUAACAGAAUUUUCAGUUCUCGGCCUCUUCAAAUAGUCGACGGAGGAGGAUCGCCAUUUAUCUGGCGAGCCCCUUCUCCUCCGGCAAGAUCUCGAUUGGCAAAGCUAUCUACCCUAAGCUGGAUCCAAUUCAGGAGUCCACGCAGCCUCUGAAGCCUCCUACCACUUCCAAGCCAGAUCAGGUCCCGGUCGCCGUCGGCCGCCGAGUUGAUCCAGUCGCCGGGGGAACUCGACGGAAAGAUGAGGCGUGUGAGGCAGGAGUCGGUGGGGGAUAAGAUCAACCGCUUCCGCAGUGUGGUCGUCGUAGUUUCGAUCCCAAUUGUUCUCGUUUUGUUCGUCAUUUACUUCAUGCCGCGGGGCCCCGCGCCACUUCCUGCACGGGACGGUUCUCUAAUUGGGCGGAAGGCGGGCCCGAGCGACCGGUAUAAGAGCUACGCCGUUAUUUUGGAUGCGGGGAGCUCGGGGAGUAGGGUUCAUGUUUACUGCUUUGAUGGGAAUCUGGAUCUGUUUCCAAUUGGGCAGGAGAUUGAGCUCUUCGUGCAGAAAAAACCAGGCUUAAGCUCUUAUGCAAAGGACCCCAAAGAGGCUGCGGAAUCUUUGAUUUCUCUUUUAGAGAAAGCUGAAAGUGUGGUUCCUGAAGAAUUGAGAGGGAAAACACCUGUUAGAGUUGGGGCCACCGCAGGUCUGAGGCAGUUGGGAAUUGAAACUUCUGAGAAAAUUUUGCAAGCAGUUAGGGAUCUCCUUCAUGAAAAAAGCUCACUAAAGUUUAAAUCAGAAUGGGUUUCCGUUCUUGAUGGCACUCAAGAAGGUGCUUUCCAAUGGGUAACUAUAAAUUAUUUACUCGGCAACUUGGGUAAAACAUACUCAAAUACAGUGGGAGUAGUAGACCUUGGAGGUGGAUCUGUCCAAAUGGCAUAUGCUAUUUCUGAGGGCGAAGCAGCCAAGGCUCCAAAACCAACAGCUGGAGAAGAUGAAUAUGUGAAAGAGCUAUUUCUUAAAGGAAUGAAGUAUUACCUUUAUGUUCACAGUUAUUUGCGCUAUGGUUUAUUGGCUGCUCGAGCAGAGAUCUUGAAAGUUGCGGAAGGAUCUCAUAGUGAUUGCAUAUUGAAUGGCUAUCACGGGUCGUACAAUUAUGGGGAUAAACAAUAUCCAGCUUCCUCCUCACCAUCCGGCGCUAGCUACGCGAAAUGCCGGAGCGAUACCGUCAAAGCUCUCAAACACGAUGAAACAACUUGCACGCAUCUGAAAUGCACAUUUGGUGGAAUAUGGAAUGGCGGUGGCGGCGACGGACAGAAAAAUAUAUUUGUAGCCUCAUUUUUCUUCGAUAGAGCUGCUGAGGCUGGUUUUGUGGACCCAAAUUUGCCAGUUGCGAAGGUUAAACCUUCAGAUUUUGAGGAGGCUGCUAAAAGAGCUUGUAAAUUGAGUGUUGACGAAGCAAAGCUCACCUAUACCAAAGUAGCAGAUGACAACCUUCCAUAUCUUUGCAUGGAUCUUGUUUAUGAAUUCACAUUGCUCGUUGAUGGAUUCGGCUUGGAGCCAUGGCAAGUUAUCACACUUGUAAAGAAAGUCAAAUAUGGCAAUUCUUUGGUGGAGGCCGCCUGGCCUCUAGGUAGUGCCAUUGAAGUGGCUUCCAUGGCUUAGCACAACUAUAGCUGCUUCUGCUGCAAUAUCAAUUUAUUACGAUCCUCUUAAUUCCUGGAGCUAUUCUUUUGUCAUUUUGGUUGGGGAAGAGGUUCAACAGUUGCAGGUCUGAGUUUGCUCCGGAUUCCAUUAAUCAGCUUCAUCACAAUUUAUAUAUCAUUAUUUUUUCAGCCUUUUUUUUUUAAUUUAUUUUAAGGGAGAGAAGUAUGUUAUAAUAUUUGAAAUUUGAGUUUAUUCAGAUCCUUUUGUUCGGUCAGGCGCUGUCUAGCAGUUGAUUUAGUAAAUGUUGUAAGUCUGGAUUUACUAGAUCCUGUUGGACAUUUCAAGCAAAUUUGUGGAAUUGUGAAACUCUAGGAUUUACUAAAUCCCAGAUUUUAAAGUUGCAA